CACAUGCCACAUAUGGGUGGGUACUCGAACCACCUGAGUCAAAAUGGCAAAAAUACUUCACCAUUACAAGAGUAGGGAGACCACGUGCUCAGAUGACCCCUCUUGACCACCUCAUGAUGGUGGUGUCUUGGUACCCCCACCUGGCAACCACAUGGGGGGCGAUGUUGACCACGCCCCUUGGCCAUACCAUGGGGGCGUAUGUUGGUGACCCCCUGACCCCUGAUCAUCUCGUGGAGGUUCUCCUUGCCAUCCUUGGUGAUCAUAUCAUGGGAAUUGCAUGCUCAUAGCGGGGUGUGUUGAUGGCCACCCCCUGAUCAUCUCAUGGGGGUUCUCCUUGCCAUUCUUGGUGAUCACCCUCGUGUCAUAUCAUGGUGCCUCCUUGCCUCACCAUACUUAGUCGUAUUUCACACCUCAUGGGGGUGGUGAUCCCACGCUACUCCAUGAACACUCCAUGGGGGGUGGUAUGAUGGUGGCCACCCCCCUUGGUACCUUCUGGGGGUGGAGAUAUGAUAGCCACCCCCCUUGCCACGUCCUGGGGGUUGACUCCCAUACUCCUCGCCUUAGCCGAAUUCGGCCAUCACCCCCUCACCAUGUCAUGGGGGUGGCUGAAUGAUGCCCACCCCCCUUGCCACGUCCUGGGGGGUGGUAUGAUGGUGGCCACCCCCCUUGGUACCUCCUUGGGGUGGCGAUAUGAUGCCCACCCCCUUGCCACGUCCUGGGGGUGGUAUGAUGGUGGCCACCCUCCUCGGUACCUCCUUGGGGUGACGAUAUGAUGCCCACCCCCUUGGUACCUCCUGGGGGUGGAGAUAUGAUGGCCACCCCCUCUGCAUGUCAUGGGGAUGGCUCCCAUACUUAGCCAAAUUUGGGGAUGCAUGGCAUGCGUGGUGGCACGGAGUAAUGUGCCCAAAAACUAAAUCCUCAUGGCCCACUCAACUGAUUUAAACUGAUAUGAUUAAGUUGGCCUUAUAAAGCCAUUUAAUUCCUUGUUUUUAACCAAUGUGGUACAAGGUUAAUUUUUAUGGGUAAACAAAUGCCCCCGAACUACCUAGAGCAUAAGAAUUAUGGACUAAGUAGUUUCACACCAACUAGGCCAUCAAACUCAAAUAGUUGGCCUUACAAUUUAAAUGACCAAAAUAAUCCCAAUCUCUUCUCCUUUGCUGCCGUGCGGGAGGAAGGAAGGGAGUCAAACAUAAUUAUUCCAUAGUCCUUCCAUCUCGACACAACCGUGCCCCCCAUGCCACUGUGACCACCAACAGUUAUGGUCACUCUUAAAUCACACGACGUGGUAUCUUUUGAAGUUAUUGGGCUAGAACAACAUCAUGCCCCCUAGUUAAUCCAAACUACUACUAAUCAUACUCCAUGCCAUUCACCAUCACCUCCAUGUCUUGUCAUGGGGUAUAUAGUUCACACCUUACAAAAUUUUAAAGUUUGGCAUGGUUAGGCCACCUUAAUGGCCUGACAAUACGAGUAAUGAUCGAGGCUUACCAGUCGUGGCAAGAUUCUCAUAUGGGUGAUCUAGUGUGGCAACAUCUCAUGAAAAAGGCUGUGAUUCCAUUUGAUGGUCCUUGAGUCAACUCAGUCAAACAAGGUUUACUUUACCAUAAGGCACUUUUUAUGUAGGAUUUGCGAGGAAGAUGAGAUUGCAACUGUUGAAGUUGUUCCAUGAUACUCCAGUGGGAGGACAUUCUGGUAUUCAAGUAACUUACCAAGGUUGAAGAGAUACUUUUGGUGGCCAAGUAUGACGUAAUAGUCGACAUUGUUUGUAGAUGAGUGUCAUGUUUAACAAUGGCACAAAACUAAGAAUUUGCCUUAUCCCGGUUUACUCUAACCACUUCCCAUUUUAGUCAAGGCUUGGAAACACAUUUCAAUGAAUUUUUAUCAACGCCUUGUCUAAAUCAUUAGGUAAAAAUGUAGUUUUUAUUAUCAUUGAUAGAUUUUCGAAGUACGAUCAUUUCUUCAGCCAUUGCAAACCCUUUGCUGCUACUAAAAUGGCUCAAAUAUAUUUUGAUGGAGUUUUCAAGUUGCAUGGCAUGCCUCAAACUAUUGUCUCCAGGAUGCUAUGUCCACCCAUGUGUUUUGGACUAAACUCUUUGAGCUCCAAGGUGUUGACCUAACUUAUUCUACAACUUAUCACCCACAAACAGAUGACAAAAUUGAAAGACUGAAUAGGCGUCUGGAUCUGUUGACAUGGCCUUUUGUGUUUUUUCAGGGCCUUUUAGGCUGCUUUGUUGUUUUUCUUUGUUCCCCUUGUGACGAGCUUGUGUGUCAAACUUUGGAUCUUUUUCUUAAUCUUUUGCUUUUCUAUUUAAUAUAUUUCACGAGUAUAAAAAAAGGUGUCCGGAAGACUACCUGAUAAGUCAGGAAGAGUAGAUAGGUGUAUAGAAGACUACUUGAGAAGUUUGGUGCACCAUUCACCUUGGCAGGGGACUUCUUGGUUAUCCUUGACUGAAUGGUGGUAUUACACUAACCAUUAUAGCAUCUUUUUUUUUUUACAAUACCAUUAUAGCAUCUUACACACUACCUUAUUUGAAUCUCUAUAUGGCUAUCCUCCUCAAUUUUCUAUUCAAAAUCUAUUAUUAACCUCAAUGGAUUUGGUUUGGAUAGAAGAGUAUGCCGUGGAUGAUGGUAGCACUACAAGGAAAUGGACCUAGCCCAGGUGUUUCCUUUCAGAGGUUUUCUUAACCACUGCCGGGCUUUAAUUAUCUGUAACUAUGGCAGCGUAUUCACCGGCGGUUAUUACACCCGGUGAGAAGCCCAAUUCCAAUUUGCUGAAAGGUAAAGUGUUUCCCUGAUUCUUCUAUCUUCCCCAAAUUGAAUUUCUUUUUUCCCCUACUCCAGCAAAUCGACUCGAACCCUAACACUACCGCAGACGAUAGCCCCAAUCUCUGACAAAAUCCAUGGUCGUUGCCCCUCUUCAUCUGACCUUCGCGACUUGAAAUUAGACCUCUGAUAGCUUACAACCUCGAAAACAUCUCCAGCCAACUCUCUUUCUUCCGCCUUGAGCUCUAACCUUGUGGAAUCCUGGUUCGGCAUCCAUUUUGCGUCUCCCUAGUUCUGCAUGUAUCUAUUCUCAUCCGAUGGUAAGAACUCGUCUAUUUGAUUUCUUGCUUUCUUUCUCUUUAUUUGAUUUAGGUUUUCGGUGACUCUCUUUCUCUCUCUUGGUUGCGCCGUCAUCUUUUAGCAUAGGCAGAGUCGGCAAGCAAUUGAAAGUUUCAGUUUUGCAGAGGAUGGAGAUGAAUUUCAUGCUUGGGUUAUGCGUUGAGGAGAAGCGGGAUGUGUAGCACUCAAUUAAAGUCGGUGCUUGUAAGAGGUAAUUAGGGUUUGCUAUUUAUUGAAUUCUAGUGACCCUAGAAUGAUUCUAAUGAAUGGGAGUAGUUGGAACUUGGAACUAAUUGUGGAAAUUGUAAGGAUCGACUUCUGUAUUUUAAUUCAGAGUUAAGCUUAUGUUCUAUAGAUGGGGCUUGCAUGAUUUUCCUUUCCUUUUCCCUCUUUUUCCUGUCAUUUUCUUUAACUUGAUUGAUAUAACGGGACAUAAUCACAUAGUUGUAGUUAUAGGUGUUCCUUUGGUAUUGUGACUUUUGUUUUCUUUGAGUUUUUUUUUCUCAUGACCUUCUAGUUUAGUUAGAGAAGUUCUCCUCAAUUCAGUUUAUGUGUAUUGCUUCUUAACUUAUCUGGUUUAAGUUAGAGAAGUGCCUGUUGGAUUUGUUAUGGUUUCUACUUGCAUGGUUGUACUCUGCAAAUGUUGGAUUGAUUUAAUUAACUCUUCUUGUGAUGUCUUGUAAUUGGCCUUUUUCAGAAGAAUUAUGUUGAUAACAUUCUUUCCCCUGCAAAUUUCUCUGUCUUUUCAGGUGUAGUAGUAUUUCCUUUAUCCAAAUCUCCAAGUUGAAGCUAUUGCUGCCGAUGUGUACCGAUGAUAUAGCUCAACUCAAGCCAUGCUGUGCAUUUUUGGCUUUGCAACUACAAGUUAUAUGAAUGAUUUAAGCAUGAAAAUGUAGGUUUAAAAAAUCCAUGAAGGUAAGGUCUCUCCGGCUAACAACUAGCCCCUGAAUGUGCAAUGAUCAUCUUCUCCCAUGUUAACUAUAAAAUAGUGUUUGUUACAUGGCUUGUAUCGUGGUCAUCAUGAUAGUUCAAUAGAAAACUGCCUUUUUAUCCUCAUUGGUAUGUUGAUGUAUGCAUGAUAAUAAUCUGCUACAUAUCUUAGUCUUAGUGAACUUAGAUAUAAUGCUAGAGGGAAAUUCAAGUGGUUAGUUAAACAUACAUAUGAAUGCCCAGGUUAUUUAAUUAAUUAGCUAUUUUUCUAUCAGUAAGGUUUUGUAUUUGGGUCCUGUAGUGAAGUCUUAAUGUAGCAUGAAGUUGAACAAAGUCUCUUUUGGUAUUUGGGUCGUCUGUUUUCUUCUUGUUUUUUAUUGGUUGCAUUUCUUCAAAAUUGUUGUUUACUUGGGGCUAAUUCAUCUUGUCAUUGCUUGGUGUAGAUACCUGCAGCUCUAAAGAAAGUUCUACACGUGUGAUUUCAUCUUGUUUUGCGUGAAGUAUAGCUAUCCAAAAUCCCAUUUGACAGAGGCACAUCAAGUGCAAAGUCUAGCGGAUAUCUGUCUAACACUUAGUGACUAGCUUCCACAGGAGUGCAAAACUGACCAAAAAUUUGUGAUCAAACCCAAAAACUGCUCCGCGCUUUCAUCUUCUUCAACACCUUUUCGAAUGUCUACAUUGUCAGAUUAGUUAGUACUAAUUGAUCCCUUUUUCUCCUUUGAACAUGAUAGUAUAAGAACUUUUAGGGCUUACAACUUUCAAGUGGUAAGGGAGCCUCAAUAUGAUAUCAUGAUAUUGAAGGAAAUUCAUCACCUUUAGCUUAUUGAUGAUGUCGUGGUCUCCUUCAUUUAUUUCUUAAUUAUUCUUUUUAUUCUAUAGUGAUGGAUAGUAGGUGAGUUCCUAACAGCGACUAUAUCUUCUUUGUUUCCGAUUGACAGUCAGAAGGCAGGCUGCAUAUAAGGUUAAGAUUGUUUGCUUAUAGGUAAUAGCAAAACUUUCUUUACAACCUGGAACAGUACCCUGCUUAAACUGAAGGAUGUUAAUGGAUACAUCUUUUAUUAACACUAGACAUUCUGUUCAGGUCGUUGUUGGUAGCAUGGAGAACCCUAUACCAUUAAGCAAGAAAAGAAGACAAUUUGGUCAGGUGGCUUUGACUUGGUACAAUCUCUUAUUUUCAGAAUGUUUCCACCCAAUGAGAAGGUUAGUAGUCCCAAAAUAAGGGAAAACAGUGAAAAUUUUGAACAAAUAGCUACUGUUAAACUGUGUGGGCACAUUUUGGGCACAAUUUGACAUUUUCUAAACCUCAGCCUCAAGUGCAUAUCUUUUUCCACUACUUCCCAUUGUUAAUAAUUGAUGAAACUAAGUAAAUAUUCCUUCCCAUUUCCUCUUUCUGAGUGAAGACUCCCAAAUGGUCAAUUUUAGUAUUAUGCUUUUUUUGACUUUGGAUUGUGGGUACUGAAUAUGGUUGGUGUGAAUAUUUGGUUUGGUAGUUACAAAUGGUAUGAAUGUCUAUAAUUUAUGGACUAGGCAGGCCUGUGAACGCAGAUUUGAAGAAGUUUGUGAAGGCAAAGAGCUUAGUGGGUGCAGAAGUAUAAAGAAGGUUAGCAAAAGAUACGAGAUGUGCAUUGCUCAUAUGGGAGGUUCAGUCUUUUUCUUUUCCUAAUCCAUUAUUUUAUCAUUAUAGGAAAACUGAUGCAGAAGGGAGACUUCCUCAAGAAUCACUAGAAGAUAUCGGUUUGAAGCAUGGUGGGGAUUUUAAUAAGUAAAAUGCAACAAAGGUAAAAUCAUGGUGCGUUUAUUCCCUUGUUUGAAUUCCAGCAUCAUCUUUAGACGAAAGGAUGAGGCAAGUCAGUUCAUCAAUGGAGGCAUCUAAUAUCUCUUCUUCAGGUUCAUUCAAACGUACAUCGCACUGGUUUCUUUGCUUAUUUUUUUUACUGCCCUUUUCAACCUUCCACUAAUCACCAAAUACCAAAAAUAGAAAGGUCAAUAACAGAAUGCAUACAAAGGUCAAAGAAUGAACAUAACGUGUUAAAGUUACAAGGAAAAUGCAUAGAAGUAUGCAAACUAGACAUUAAGCAGGUAUGACUCACCUCAUCAGCAUUCUUUUCAGACAAGUUCAAUUGAUGAUAUGGGAAAUCCCUUCCAGAACUAGCACCCUCAACCAGCUUGUCAUCUCGACUGAUCUUAUCCCACACUAGCAUUGGAACCCACUUCAAAGUACCAGAGCUAGAACUUACUGGUGGAUCACUCAGAAUAGAAACUUUACUAAAAGCAGAACUACCAAAUUGAUCCCCCACUGCCUUCUUUCUAUCCCUGAUCUUCUUAUCCGUCCAUACCUGACAUGUUGGAACCACAAUGCUAACGGAACGAUGAUCUCGCCCCACAGUGGUCCUAUCAAGGUAACACACCAACAAGAAGUGCAGAUCACCAUCAACCGAAGGCUUAACCUUCUGUAGACUAUCAACCGAAGACUUAAAUUUCUGUAGACUUAAAUUUCUGUAGAUAUCACACACAUGAUCGCAAACAUGCUGACACCAGUUGAAUUGAUUGAAGUAUUGGAUCAUGUGUGGCUCUAGAAAUUUCAAGUCCUCUGCUGUCACAACCCUUGAUUGCACAGAACCAAAAAGUUUGCAAAAAAUCAGCAAGAUGUAGAGCUUCACCCACCGCUCAUCAUCAACCUCCUUUUCCAGACAUAAUAGUAAAUCAUCAUCCACAAUAUUUCCCUUCGUGCUACAAGUCGAAACAAAUUUACGUCCCAAUG